CUCAAAUUCAUGUCUGUGAACCAAACAACACGGAGAACUCGCACACGUUAAUGCAAAUCGAAGCAGUGAGUGGAACCGUUUGACAUUAAGUUCAGCCGCUCAGCCCGACUUCACUCACUCCACACCCGGGUUUAAUCCCCAUCGGCGGCGGCCCCGCUCCCCCGGCCCGGCCCGGCGCCCACCGCGGCGGGGAGGGAAGGAGGGAGGGGGCAUCGCCUCCGCCUCUUCCCGGGGAGUGGCGGCGGCCGCCAUCCCGCCCACCGCUGGCGGGAAGCUUAAAGCGGGCCGGAGCAGCCGGAGGCCCCGAGUGCUGCCGCCAUGUCCACCCCCGCCAAACGGCAGUGCCGCAGCCCCACGGGCUCCCUCGACUCCAGCUUCCAGAAGCGCCUCCGAAAGAUUUCCAUCGAGGGGAACAUCGCUGCAGGGAAGUCAACGUUUGUAAGGCUGCUGGAGAAGCACAGCGAUGAGUGGGAGAUCAUCCCCGAGCCCAUCGCCAAGUGGUGCAACGUCCAGACAGCUGAGGAGGAGGAGUACGAGGAGCUUUCAACAUCUCAGAAGAGCGGAGGAAAUCUACUUAAAAUGCUGUAUGAUAAACCCACCAGAUGGGCCUAUACAUUUCAGACUUACGCUUGCUUGAGCCGCGUAAGAGCACAAUUAAAGCCUGUCUCAGCCAAGCUACAUGAAGCAGAACACCCAGUGCAAUUUUUCGAGAGAUCUGUGUACAGUGAUAGGUAUGUAUUUGCUUCUAACCUAUUCGAGUCUGGAAAUAUUAAUGAAACAGAGUGGGCUAUUUAUCAGGACUGGCACUCAUGGCUUUUGAAUCAGUUUGAAUCUGAUCUAGAACUGGAUGGCAUCAUCUACCUAAGAACUACACCUCAGAAAUGCAUGGAAAGGCUACAGAUGAGGGGAAGAGAAGAGGAGCAAGGAAUUGAGCUUGAGUAUUUGGAAAGCCUCCACUAUAAACAUGAAACCUGGCUUCAUGAAAGGACUAUGAGAGUUGAUUUUGAGAACCUUAGAGAGGUGCCCAUUCUAGUU